GGGCAACUCUAUAACACCCUCUGUCCCAGAGAGACGCAAUAUCUACUGAAAGAACCCAACCCUCCUCCAAGACCUGAAGGCAGGAGAGGUUCUGAACACACACCGGUGAUUACAGAAGUCUCAUCCGGGAGGCCGGUGCCUGCAAUGACUACUAUGUCAGCCAAACAGGCGGAAUCCCUGGGCAUCUGCUCCAGUUACCAGGCAGUCAUGCCGCACUUCAGCGGCGCCACCGAGGAGUUCCCUCAGCCCAUCCAAGCCCGGCCGCUGAAGGGCAAAGGCAAGCUGAGGAGACCGAGACAGAGCAGGUUCAAGACCCAACCGGUCACCUUCGAUGAGAUUCAGGAGGUGGAGGAGGAAGGAGCGUCGCCCAGCGAGGAGGAGAAAGCCAGGAAGUCUUUCUUGCAGUCUCUGGAGUCCCUGAGGAGAAGCUCCCACACCACGAGCUUCCAGAAGGACAAACUCAACAGCUGCAAGUUAAGACACAGCUUGGACUCCAGCGACUCGGACUCGGCAUUAUGACUGGCCGAGGGCCGUCCCUCUGACCCCUGAGACGUCCAAAGGGUUAAUGGCC